UAAAUUCUCCAAGCUCAGCGGAGUGAAGUCUCAUAAUUCAUGGAGACGGUUCCAUUUCUUUUGUUGAUCUGUCUGUUAAUAGGACAAUACGUUUGUGAUAGAGAUGCUCAAUUGGUGCAAUGCCGUGCAGCUGAUAGAGAAGCUCUCCUUGACUUCAAAAUGGGUCUUAAUGAUACGUACCUCCUCUCCUCAUGGCAAGGAACCGAUUGUUGUGGAUGGUCGGGAAUAUAUUGUGACAAUGCUACCGGUGCUGUCAUCGCUCUUGAUAUUUCCGAUCCAAGUGGCCGGCACCCAUUGGGCGGGGAGAUCAGACCUUCACUGGCAGAACUCAAGUCCUUGAAAUAUUUGGACUUGAGUCUUAACAAUCUCCAUGGGAGACUUCCUGCUUUCCUUGGAAACAUGACAUCUCUCAUGCAUCUUGACUUAUCCCAAAAUUAUUUCAUAGGUGAGAUUCCAGAUUCGUUGGGCCAACUCAAAAAUCUUACUCUUCUCUCUUUGUGUUAUAACUUGCUUGAAGGUCUUAUCCCUGCUUCUAUUGGAAAUUUACAUCAUUUAUCUCAUCUUGACCUGAGCUCAAACAAGCUCAACGGUACUAUCCCAGACAGCUUAGGAAUGUUGUCCGAGUUGAUUAGCCUUGAUGUUUAUAUGAAUGAAUUGAAAGGUGUUAUCUCAGAAACACAUUUCCUGAGGCUAAGUAAAUUGGAAAACUUGUGGUUAUCUAAAAACUCCCUCAUUUUCAAUGUCAGAUCCAACUGGGUCCCACCUUUCCAGAUUUAUGAAAUUGACCUGGGUUCAUGCUAUUUAGGUCCUUCGUUUCCUGCUUGGCUUAGAUCUCAACAGCACAUAACAGAUCUAGAUAUCUCAAACUGUAAUAUUUCAGGCACUAUUCCAAACUGGUUUUGGGACAUGUCUGGCGAGCUGGCAAGCUUAAAUGUUUCUUUCAACCACUUAGAGGGCCAUCUGCCUAAUCUGCUGAAUGUUAGCAGAGCAACUGUUGAUUUCAGUCACAACAACUUCCAAGGACCCAUUCCCCUUGCAGAUCUCUCCUUCCUAGAGCUUUCCAAUAACCAAUUCUCUGGUCCUAUACCAAGCAAUAUUGGUCAAGUCAUGCCCUAUAUAAUGUUCCUUUAUCUUUUCGGUAACCAGUUGACUGGUGAAAUCCCAGGCUCAAUUGGAGAGACAAUCAUUGUUGCGUUGGAUCUUUCAAGAAAUAAUUUGACAGGAAGCAUUCCUUCAAGUAUGGGGAAUUGUUCAGAUCUCUUAGCACUGGACCUUCAAGACAACAAUUUGUCUGGCGGGAUUCCAAGGUCUAUGGGUCAAUUACAUCAGCUUCAGACACUUCACCUGGGGAAGAACAGAUUAUCAGGAGAAAUCCCAUCAUCUCUUAAGUGUUUGACAUCAUUGGAAACCUUGGACCUCUCGAACAACAAGCUAACAGGUAAAAUACCACCUUGGAUUGGAAAAGCUCUCUCAUUUCUUAAAAUACUUAAUUUGAGGUCAAAUAACUUUUACGGAGAACUACCUUCAGGACUUUCAGAUUUGGCUUCUUUGCAAUUCUUGGACAUAGCAGAAAACCAAUUGAAUGGUUCCUUUCCUUCUGCCUUUGGCAAUCUUAAGGCCAUGACACAUUUGCAAAAUAUUACCCAGCAGCGAUGCUUGCGCCGAGUUUUUGGAAGAGGUUGCUAUAAUGAAUACCAGGAAAACAUAUUUGCGACUAUACAUGGCCAUGAACUGCGGUACACCAAAACUGUUUCCCUUUUAGCUGGCAUAGAUCUUUCUGGAAAUAAUUUAUCAGGAGAGUUUCCUAAAGAUAUAACAAAAUUAGUUGGUUUGGAAGUUUUAAACUUAUCAAGAAACUAUAUCAGUGGCCAGAUUCCUGAAAACAUUUCCGAAAUGCGUCAGUUGUUAUCUCUUGAUCUCUCAAGUAAUAGUCUUUCUGGUCCAAUUCCUCAAGGGAUGUCUUCUAUGACUUUUUUGGAAAGUCUGAAUCUCUCAAACAAUAAUUUGUCAGGCAGAAUUCCAUAUAAAAGUCAGAUGACAACCUUUCGUGCAUCUUCGUUUGCUGGAAAUUCAGGUCUUUGCGGAGAGCCCCUUGCUUUGAAAUGUCCAGGUAAUGAUUCAAACAACAAGGACGGCCAUGAUGAUUCAGACAGUGGAAGGAAAGAUGAGGCAGAUGAUGAUAAUGGUUUCAUUGGUAAGUUGUUUUACCUGAGCAUUGGAAUGGGAUUUGCAGUAGGUCUGGUGCUUCCUUUUUUGAUAUUUGCAAUCAAAAGAUCAUGGGGUGGAGUAUACUUUGCUUUAGUGGAUGUGAUUGCUUAUAGAUUGUCAAGUAGAAAAAUGAAAACAGUUUUUAUUAAAAUUUAAUUUUAGUAAAUAUAAAUUUUGAUUCUGAUUAUGAUUCUGCAGUGCUCUGUUCUUCUAUU